AUGAAAGAUUUCCGAGACUCCCUUUUUAAAGAGGCAGAAGAGUUUCUCUCCACCUUUUUACCUGCCAAGAUAUGUCAACUGGAUCAGCUUUUGAAGGAAGAUGAAUUGAACAUUAAAGAUCUGUCGGUUCUUCGUGCCCCAUUGGAUAUCCCCAUCCCAGACCCACCUCCCAAAGAGGAUGAGAUGGAGACAGAGAAGGAGGAGAAGGAAGCCCCCAAAUGUGGCUACCUUAAGGGCAACGAGUCCAUCGUGUCCCUUUUGGACCGGGUCAAACCUGAAGUCCGGGAGUUCCGAGAGAAAUGCGUCUUGGUUGCUACCUGGAUUCAGUACAUGAUCCCCAAAAUAGAAGACGGCAACGAUUUCGGGAUGGCUAUUCAGGAAAAAGUCCUGGAGCGGAUCGUGGCCUUGAAGACCAAGGCGGAAGGUUUCCAGACCACCAUCGCCAAGUAUUUCUCAGAGCGUGGCGAAGCAGUGGCUAAGGCCUCUAAGGAGACUCACGUGAUGGAUUAUCGGUGUCUCGUUCAUGAACGAGAUGAGGCUAUUUACAGGGAAAUCCAGAUGAUGGUGCUCGAUAUCCGUGGGUUUUAUGCUGAGCUCUACCACAUCUUGAGCAAAAACCUGGAGAAACUGACCAACCCCAAGGGGGAAGAGAAGCCAUCUAUGUACUGAGAGGCCUUCCUCAGUGGGUUCUCUGGCAGCUGCCUCUGCCCGCUUCUCCAGGGUGGCACGUAAAAAGAGAAGGUUAUAGAGGGCAGAGAGAUGUAAAAGUAGAUGCAGAACUGCCUUGGCUGGGUUAGAAGCAAAUAAGAGAAUGAAAUAUGCUGCGACUUUGUUUUGUUGACAGACCUUAUGAAACUGAAUGAAAUUAAAGCUGAAGAAAAUAUGUCUUAUUUUCCUGUUAUGGUUUUUUUUUUUUCAUUAGCUACAUUUCCCCCCCAGAUUUGUCUUACUUUAAUUCAGGAGCUGAUCUCUCAGCCUUUUCUGUCUUUGAGCUGGCCAAGACUAAAUCUGUUCUGAGGAGCCGCGCCCACAGUCAGAGAAUCCAGCAACCGAGAUGUAAAACAAGAUUAUUUGUAUUUUGUGCUCUAAAUCCUUAUGCCUGAUGAAAAGUUUGUGAUGCUUUAAAGAGCUUAGUUCAAUAAAAGUGCCU